AUGGAGAAUAAAAGAACAACACCGAAUUUCUCGAAGUACGAGAUAGAUGUACUUCUUGAACUGGUGGGUGCAAAUGCAUCCGUUCUUGAAAAUAAGAAAACCGGCGGCUGCAGCUUAAAAGAAAAACAGGCAAUGUGGUCCCAUGUGGAGGCGCAAUUUAAUUCUACUCCUGGUGUGACAAAAAGAUCCUGUGACAGGCUGAAAACCUGUUAUGAAAAUAUGAAAAGAAGACUUCGAAAAGACCUUGCAGAAGAACAGGUGGAAGUGUAUAAAACAGGUGGGGCGAAGCCUACCCAAAAAACCACGAUCCAUGAUCGGGCUAAACUAUUAGAAAUUGUUGGUUCCUCAAUGAAACCGUUAACAAAUGCAUAUGAUUCCGAUGCACAGUUCAGCAUGAUUGUGGAUGUUGUCAACAUGGAGAGCAGUGAAGUGCAGUGCAGUGAGAAUACGCCACCUGCUUCAGUUGUCAAGUUAGCAGAGUGCACACAACCUAGCACUUCCCACACACCUGUCGUAUUAUUAAGUAAAGAGACACCAAAUAAUGUUCUGGCGGAUGUCACCCAGUUGCAAUCUGUUUCACAGUCUCCUGAUCAACCGAAUAAAAACAUUUGCACGCCAAAAAAUACAUGGAAUCGUCGCAGGAUGCCUGCAAAAUCAAGGCCAUCAGGUUCGGGAACAGUGAUUGACAAUGUGUGCAAGAAGAGAGUGGAACUACUGGAGGCCCAAUUACUCAUGAUGAAGGCAGAGCACCAAAAGGAGCUGAGGAUAAAAAAUUUAAAGAUUCUGGCCCUGAAAGAAAAACUCAAGUACUGGAAGAAGAAAAAUGCCAGUGACACAUGA